GAAGUAUACCGCCCUCCCCUGGACGUGUAAUCCUCGUUAACUCUGUCAAAGGGACCGAAACGUCUGCUCCAUAAAAUUAAAACAAUCCGAGUCGGGCCAUGCCGGAUGCGAGCCCUGAAGACUAUGACGGGUUUCAGACCCAGUUCACACACAUAAUGGAAACAAUAUUACAUACCGCUGUCAGGGAAGCGACAAAACUUUAUGAGGGCACUUUGCAUCGCUUGAAAGCGGAAUUGGUGCAGCUGAGACAAGAGAAUGUCAACACGAAGACAGGUGAUUCAUCCAGUAAAGACACAAAGAGAUUCCCUGAAUCUGGGAGUCAGAGGAUUGCCAAUGCCCCCAUACAUCGUGAUAUUGGCGUGCAGUGUGACAAGCCCAUUUUGGUUGACCGGGAAUGCAGCCCUCUUCCGUUUAUAGGACAAUGUCUUAGUGUGGGAGACAUUACGAGUGAUAAACUCACAGAUCUUUGUGCCAAUGAGGAUGGGAGCAGACAGCUUGCAUUGCUCCUCAUCAAACAAGAGCCUAAAGAGACUGAAUGUGACAGCUAUGCACCAGGAUAUUUUCUACUGAAGCAAGAAGGUGCUGAGCCAAUACUGGUGCGCAGAGAGCCAAAUAAGGACACCAUGGAAAGGGUUAUGAUCCCACCAUCAUUUCAAACAAUAACCAGGCACCAUAGCAACAUUAGAGGAAAGUCUCCACCAGCAGGGAUUCCUUCCUCCUGUAGUCGCAGUGUGGAUUCCUGUGCUCACAAACCCAAUCAGACUAUACAACCCAUCCGAGGUACAUCUGAAAGAACAUCGGAAAACAGUGAAGGCUUGUCUUCCCAAAACAAAAGACAAAAUGCCAGUGCACCGGCACAGACAUCCACUACUUCAGAACUUGCCAAUUCGACCCAGACUCCUGUUCCUACUGUUAACUUGUCUGUGCCAAUGAUCGAGCUGUCUGGUGCUCCAUCAAUUCCUCAAGCCAAAUCAACAGCAUUAUCAGUUCACCGACGACCAAACCCAAAUCCUCAAACAUCAAACCAGACAGUAGUCCCUCAGAAAGAGGGGUCAAAUAUUGGUCAUCCACUUCAAAACACCUACCUUUCACCUGUUCCUCCAAGCCAACACUUAGUAACGGAGCCUCAUUCCUCCAAACAAUGGCCUCAGGCAUUGGUUACAAAUACAGAGAAAAGUAUUUCAACCAUUGCCUUGUUAAACCAAGCUACUGAGCCAUUAACCCAGUCUCAACUUAUACAGUCACCAUUCUUUCCACCACAAACCAUCAAAACACAAGACCAAGAGGUGUCUCCACAGUUACACGCUGCCAUGCCAUCAGGCCAUGUUUCUGUCACACCAAAUAUACCUUCAGCAGUCCAGGAUCGGAUUCUCUCAACCAGUCUUGUUCCACCUCAAAAAGUUUUUGCAUCACCACAGGUAAUACCAGCACAUUCUGCAACUUCAAGUCCAUCAUUCCAGUUUCCUUUGGUGCUCCCACACAAUCCGACUCAACCGACACCACCUUCUUACCUUCCAACACACGUUCCAUUUACUUCUCCCCACCUUCCAGUUAACACAGUUCAGGGAUCUGUCUCCAUAAACCCACCUCAACCUUCACUUAAACAUUCUCAAUAUCCAACACAAUCCAACCAGUUCUCCUCUUCUUCAGACCAGAUGUUUCCUCCACCUGAUAAUACGGCAGGUUUGCUUGAAUCUCUUGAUACUUUGCAUUUGCACUCGUCCAUUGUGAUGACCCCACAAGAGGCCCCAGAGCAGACACCCAUGCACCAUUUUCAACCAUCUGGGCAACUUGCGCCUCUGCUAACACUUAAGGAGCAACAAGCUGCUGCUUCCGCUUCCGCUAACAUUGUUUUAGGUCGAAUGCCAGUUCUAUCAUCAGAGACCUCUAUGUCUCCAGUUGACGACUUUGAAGGAGACAUACCGCUUUCCCCAUGUUUUAGUGCAGAAACCACAGAUAGAAAUGAUAAAGACCUCUCAGAAGAUGAAGACACUCCCACACUCCAGUCUAGACUGAGAAAACAGAGAAAGAUUUUCUCCAAAUCCAGACAAAUAGAUCCUGCAGGUGAGGACGGCACAGUCAUGGUCAAUGAUAAGAGGGUGGAUUGGGUGCAAACACCACAUUCUGGCUCCAAUAACGAAAGUCAAGCCUUCUCAAAAUCUUCGAGUAAAACAUUGCAGAAAAAUACUGAGUGUCCUGAGUGUGGAAGGGUCCUCAGCAAUGCGUCUGCCUUGGAGAACCACAUGAGACUUCAUACAGGAGAGAGACCUUAUACCUGCUCCCAGUGUGGAAAGGCGUUCCCUAGUGUACGAGGCCUUAACCGGCACGUAAAGGUCCAUGCAGAAGAGAAACGGUAUCAGUGUGAAGAGUGUGGGAAGAGUUUUGUGUACCACUUUACCCUUACCAAACAUCAGCUCAUUCACUCUGGAGAAAGGCCUUUUCCUUGUAAAGUUUGUGGAAAGAGGUUUUUGGCCAAGGCAGACCGGUCUACCCAUAUGCGUAUGCACACCGGAGAGAAGCCCUUCUCGUGUACGCUGUGUGGGAAGAAGUUUAAACAUAGAGUUGCUCUGAAUAUGCAUAUGCAGGGGCAUAGAGGAGAGAAACGUUACAUUUGCCCCCACUGUGAAAAAGGAUUUGUGGAUCUAGGUAACUUUAAAAGACACAAGCUCAUCCACACAGGGGAAAGGCCGUUUGAGUGCAAGGAAUGUGGGAAACGUUUCACUCAGUCAGCCCAUCUCAAGAAACAUGUCAACACACAACAUGUUACAUGAAGUAAUUGGAUUGUUUAACAAUGCAUUCAGUUGAUAUUCUGUUACAGAAAAUAUAAUGGUAUUAGGCCUGAUUGCAAAUUAAUUUAUGGAGAUGCUAUUUUUAUAGAGAAAAGUAAAUAAAAGUAUAUAUUUUUAUAUUUUAACUGCUUUACUGCAUCAAUUUUGUACAGUGAUUUAAUUGUUAACGUUUCUUAAAAUGUGAUUAUUUUUCUAUUCAUUUCUCAUUGUGAAACUUGUAUACUACCAAGUGAUACUUGGAUUUUUUAUAGUACUUUUAUAGUGUCCAUCCUAUAUAAACAGCUCAAAUUGAAACCUAAUGGAGUUAUUUUUUUUAACUUUGUAAUUGUAUGAGUGUCACAUACUGUUUGCAAAACAGAUUUGUAUCCUAAAAUUGAUAAUCUAAUUAAAAUGUUUGUUUGCUCCACAGUUUCUCUUGAAA